AUUCUAAUACUCAAAAUACAAAACAAUGACACAUAUCCCCACAUUUCUGCAAAAAGGCUGAUUCCUACACCCCCCACAUGCAACUGCACUCCCACAGUAUCUGCCAUUGCUAGAAACAGAACAAAACAAGCUUUUAUCUAACAUGUAGUAACACAAAAGUUCACUCUUCUCUUUCACUCUCUCUCUUUUAUUCAAUUAUCAGAGAGACACAGUUUGACACUUGUUCAGUCCGUUCCCUGUCAUGGCAUGCUUAAUACACCCCUCACAUUUAUUACUUUUUACCACUUUGCCAUUUCCAUUUAUUACUAUUUCAGUGUUUCAUCUCUUCAAUGCAGAAACUCCUUGGUUACCUACCACUACUCUUUCAUUCAUUCAAAUUUUGAGUUUUUCCACGACCCAUUUUCUACGCUUACUCCAUUCAACGUGGUUUUUCUUUGUCACUUUCCAAGUUAUUUUUCUUUCUAAUACGGACGCAAAUGAAACAGUACAUUUUGUUGUUGAGUGAUUUCUGAUUGAGAUAGUGAUGGAUGGUAGGAGGCAUUCUGUUGAUGUGCCUAUUUCUAAAACUCUUGUAGCAUUGAGGAGAGUUAGGUCAUUGAGGGAUCCUUCAACAAAUGGUAUUAGUAAGCUCUCACCUUUGAUUGAUAAUGAACAUUGGGAAAAUGGGAUUUCUCUGAGGUUUGUUAAUGCUACUUAUGUAUGUGAAUCUGAUGAUAAUGGCUGUUUAAGGUCAAAGGAUUUAGAUUUUAAGGGUCGUAGAGAGCAUGACAUUGAUAGUACUACUAACUUUGAAAUGGGUUGUCACAUGAUGAACUAUUGUGAUAAACAGCAACAAGAUGAUGAAUUAGUUUACUCUAAUCCUAAGCAGCAAGGUGAUUUUGGAAAUAAAUCGCCGAAAGAAAGUUGUUGUAGCAACCAUGAAGCCGUAGGAUUGGAUUUAGCUUCAAUCAUUCCGUCUAGUAAUCAUUUGAAGGAUAAAGAAUCAUGUUAUUUAUCAAGUCAAUUGUCGUCGCGAUUAGGGAGAAUAGAUUACAAAAAGUCAACUAGAAAACUGCUGCAAAAGAAUCAAGCGAAACCGUUUGAGUUGAUGCAGGAUAAUGCAAGCAGUGUUGAUAGUCCAUGCCUUAGUGCCUCAACACAAACACCUCAAGAUGUUGAUGUUUUAGUUGAUUACAAUGGAUGUGGAAUAAGCUGUUGUUGGUCGAAGUCACCGAGGUUUAGAGAUGCAAAUUAUUAUUCUGAAAUGGAAGACCUUCCCUUGAUGUUGCAGCAUGUUAAUGAGACUGAUCUUCAUGGACAGAAAAGCAUGAGACACAUUAUUGGUAGUGAAAUUAGUCCUACAUUAGAAACUCCUAGAAGUUUAUCUAUGAAAUUUAGGCCGAAAUCUUUCAAUGAUUUGGUUGGACAAAAUAUGGUUGGUAAGUCUCUUUCGGGUGCAAUCUCUAGAGGAAGGAUAGCAUCAUUCUAUCUAUUUCAUGGUCCUCGUGGAACGGGAAAAACAUCUGCAUCGAGGAUAUUUGCUGCUGCACUGAAUUGCAUCUCGCUCGAGGAGCGAAGGCCUUGUGGUUUGUGUAGUGAAUGUGUUUUGUUCUUUUCUGGAAGAAGUAAAGAUGUUAAGGAAGUCGACUCUUUGAGGAUAAAUCGUCCGGACAAGGCUAAAUCCCUUGUUAAGAAUGCUUGCACAACAGCUCCUUUUUCAUCACGUUAUAAGGUGUUCAUUAUUGAUGAGUGCCAGUUAUUGAAUAAGGAAACAUGGGCUACUCUUCUGAAUAGCCUAGGGGUUUUUUCUCAACAUGUGGUCUUUGUGAUGAUCACUCCUGAUUUGGAGAAGCUACCAAGAAGUGCGAUUUCUCGAGCUCAAAGGUAUCACUUUACAAAGAUUAAAGAUGCUGACAUUGCUAGCAGACUCAAAAGAAUUUGCGUUGAAGAAGGUCUUGAGUCCGAACAAGAUGCUUUGGAUUUCAUUGCUGCUAAAUCAUGUGGUUCUCUUAGGGACGCAGAAAUGAUGCUUGAUCAGCUAAGUUUGCUUGGUAAAAAAAUCACAAUUUCCUUAGUCUACGAACUUACUGGGGUCAUUUCUGAUGAUGAAUUGCUUGAUUUGCUGGACCUGUCUUUGUCAUCCGACACUUCAAAUACGGUUAUAAGAGCCCGGGAGCUGUUGAGAUCAAGGAUAGAUCCUUUACAACUUAUAUCUCAGCUAGCGAAUCUUAUUAUGGACAUUCUUGCAGGGAAGUGUGAACUUACUGGUUCUGAAAUCAGAAGAAGAUUUUCUGAUAGACAUAUUUCGGAAUCAAGCAUGCAGAAACUUAGUCAUGCAUUAAGAAUACUUUCUGAAACGGAGAAGCAAUUGAGAAUUUCUAAGAAUCAAACAACAUGGUUCACUGCAGCUCUUCUACAGUUAAGCUCUUUAGAAUAUUCAUCUGUGGAUGCUAAUGAUUCCAAGUUGUGCAUCAGAGCUGCAUCCAAUAGAGAUGGCGAUUUAUGCAGUACAUCAUCUACAGCUGAAAGCUUAAAGCAUCUUGCUACAGGUAAGUGCGCUGAGAAGUCAUAUAAAAUAGAAGUGCAGGAUGAUGAUAAAGCCACAUUGGAUUGUAUAUGGUAUAAAGCUACAGAGAUAUGUGAAUCUAAAAGGCUCAAGGCUUUUCUCAGGAAGCAAGGGAAGUUGUCUUCAGUUUGUAUUAAUCAAGGUCUUGCAGCUGUGGAGUUGGAAUUCCACCACCGUGUCUAUGUAGCUAGAGCUGAAAAGUCAUGGAAACAAAUUGCAAGUUCCCUACAGUUCAUAUUGGGUUGCAACAUUGAGCUCAGAAUCAACCAUGUUCCAUGUACUACAGAUUCUAAGUAUGCUAGGUUGAAGAGGUCAUCUUUCAAUUUCUUCAAUUGUUCGCGCAGGAUUCUUCGGAAAUCAUUAUCAUCCGAUGAACAAGGAUGUGAAUCAGACUAUGCUGAUUGCACUUCUCAAAAGCCUAUGAUGAUGGACCGAACUCUAUCUCGCUCCUCUGAUUGCGGAUCCCGGGUACCUCCCCUUGAGUCCUACCAUGGAAUGGAGCUUGUAACAACUCUUAGAAGCUGUGAAGGGAAUUUACUAAGCUCAGGGAAAAUAAUUUUGAAUAGAAUAGAUCAAGAGACUCCAAGGAUUUCAUUUUCUAGAGAUGAUUCUGUCAAGGAAGAAGAGUGCAAUUAUGAAGAUCUUGCAUCAUCAACCGCUGAUUUAGAAAAUACUCAUUCUAACUGUUUUCCUCGAACGCUCUGGCUUCAUAAAAAACUAUCUUCUUCAUAUGCAUCAAAACAGAAGGAAUUUUGUUUUAUCCAUCCCCAAGUUCAAAUGUAUUGAGAGUUGUAGCUAUGAUAAGGAACCUUGCGUUUUUAACCAUAACUCUAACAGCUGAACCAAAGCUUAUGAGGAAUAUUAGGCUUCUUUUGCAUUUUUUUUAUCAUUAUCUUAGCAUUAGCUAUAAUUUAUGUCAAACAUAACACUGCCAGUGACUAUUACAUAGGAUAGUUGGAUAAAAUUAGCUGAAAUCUACAUUCGAAGUGGUGGCAGAAUUUAGUGCA